CUCAGACUGAAAGCCUCACAAAUGUCAAUUACAAAGUAACUAAACAGAAAUACAUGAGAAACAGAGAGAGGAAGAGAAUAAGGUCAGAAGCUUUCCAGUAAUUAAAGCCUUCCAUCAGUUUCAAUGGGAUUAGAAAUUAUAUGAGGGAAAGCAUGAGUGAGUCGUAGUCCACUGCCAAUCCUCAUCCUUUAAGAUGCGUUUGUCGGAAGGGAGGUAGCCAUUCUGGAGUUUAUGAGGCCAGCUCUGAAGCCAUGAUGGUCAUUUCAAGCAGUAGCUCCGAUUGGACCUGGACCAACGAAGACACAAGUCCAGUCUCCAGUCUUAUUCAAUCCUUGUUGGUAUCUAUUUCAGAGAUCACGGCAUCAGUAGUCUGCAUAAACGUAGAACAGGAAAGCUUUAUGGAACUUGGAAGUUAUCUAUACAGGACCUCUCCUGCCAUAAUAGAGUUGCAGACAACAAAAAAUACCCCAGAAAAUGCAAUGAGGAUUUUACAAUCUCUAUCCAAAAGCGUUGAUUUGGCCAAGAAUCUCGUGGGGCAAUUGCAAAAGGACAGCCAUCCAAUUUCAGACCCUGAACUGGGAAGCAUUAUAGAACAGCUUGAGGGAGUGAUAAAACUGAUGGGAGAAGAAUUGAGCUUGAUACCACCAUCAACAUUUGGGAACCAAGAAUAUGCAGAAAUUGCAGUCCGGUCUGUUUCAAAGGAGAUGCAAAAUGCUCGGUUUGGGGUCUGCCAAACGCAGGUAACUAGCCCAAAAGCACUGCAACCAAGGGCCUUGUCUUUGGAGGAGCUGCCUAAGGAACAAGUACCAACAGAAAGAGAUCUUUACUCCAUUGAUUUUUCCACAGACAAUCCUCAGCUACCAGACAUACCACAUCAUAUGAACGUCAUUCCUAAAAGCAAAUGUUACAGGAGCCAGAGAAACCAUGAAAACAUGAGCAAUGGAUCCCUGAAGAAUAUGCCACAAGUGACCCAGUUCAUGGAGCCUUUCUAUGAGACUUUCUUUUGCCCACUGACAAAGAAUAUCAUGGAAGACCCAGUGACCAUAGAAAGUGGAGUUACUUAUGAAAGGAAAGCAAUUACUGAAUGGUUCGAAAAGUAUAACAAUUCAGCAGAAAUUUGCUGUCCAGCCACAGGGCAAAAACUGCGUAGUAAAGGUUUGAGCACCAAUAUAGCUCUGAAGACCACAAUAGAGGAGUGGAAGGAAAGGAAUGAAGCAGCAAGAAUCAAGGUUGCAAGAGCAGCUCUGUCUUUAGCCAUUUCAGAGAGUAUGGUACUUGAAGCACUAAAUGAUUUGCAGAGCAUCUGUGGAAGGAAACCGUACAACAAGGUACAGAUUCGCAAUGUUGGAAUGUUACCAUUGCUUGUGAAGUUUCUGGAGUAUAAAGACACGAAUGUGAGACUUGCAACUCUGGAAAUACUACGAGAACUGGCAGAAGAUGAUGAGGGCAAGGAAAUGGUUGCAAAGGUAAUGGACAUUUCAACAACAAUCAAGAUGCUGUCAAGUGAUCACCAACCCAUAAGGCAUGCAGCACUGCUGUUCUUGCUGGAGCUAUCUAGAUCCCAAUCUCUCUGUGAGAAAAUCGGGUCGGUUGCGGGAGGGAUUCUAAUGCUAAUCACAAUUAAAUACAACUGGUCCUUUGAUACUUUCGCAUUAGAAAAGGCAGAUGAAAUCUUGAAAAACCUGGAGACAUCUCCUAAUAACAUCAAGCGCAUGGCAGACAAUGGAUACUUGGAACCCCUUCUACAUCAUCUCAUUGAAGGUUGUGAAGAGAUGAAGAUGGAGAUGGGAAGCUACCUUGGGGAAAUUGCUUUGGGACACGACAGCAAAACCUAUGUAGCUGAGAGGGCUUCCCCGGCUCUUGUCAAAAUGUUACAUACUGGGAACACUCUAACAAAGAAGGCAGCAUUCAAAGCUCUAGAGCAAAUCUCAUCUUACCACCCAAAUGGAAAAAUACUUGUAGAAGCUGGAAUUGUACAGAUCGUGGUAGAAGAGAUGUUGACCCCACGGAAAAUCCACAAUGAAACAAUGAACUCAAUAAAAGAAGCUGCUGCAAUACUGGGAAAUUUACUCGAAUCCGGGAUUGAGUUUGAGAACCUCCAAGUAAAUACUCAUGGUCACACCAUGGGGUCAGACUACAUUGUGUACAGCAUCAUCCACAUGCUCAAGAACUCAACCCCAGAUAAACUCAACACCAACCUGAUAAGAAUCCUGUUGUGCUUGGCCAAGUCCCCCAAAUCAAAUGCCACCAUAGUGUCAGUGGUGAGAGAAACUGAAGCAAGCUACACCCUGAUUGAACUCAUAAAUAACCCACAUGAAGAACUGGGGAUUGCAUCAAUGAAACUGCUCAUUACACUCUCACCCUACCUUGGCCACACAUUUGCAGAGAGACUAUGCAAAACAAGGGGCCAACCUCAGAGCCUACUCCAAAGCCCAGGUGGGACAAACCAAAUCACACAGAAGCAGGCAGUUUCAGCAAAUUUCUUGGCAGACCUCCCCCACCAAAACCUGAGACUCAACCUAGCUCUUCUCAGCAAUGAUAGUGUCCCAAUGAUCCUACAAUCCAUCCAUCAAAUGCAAAGAAGUGGAACAAGAACAAGCAGGUAUGCAAGUGCUUACUUAGAAGGCCUAGUGGGAAUUAUUGUCAGAUUCACAACUACCCUAUUUGAACCCCAAAUGUUGUUUCUAGCGAGAAACUACAAUUUCACUUCAGUGCUCACAGAACUGCUUACAAAAACAUCAAGUGACAAAGUUCAGAGGUUAUCAGCAAUAGGGUUAAAAAACCUCUCAUCAGAAUCAGUAAAUCUAUCUAAACCACCACAAAUAAAGAGAACCAAGUUCCUGAAAUUUUUUAAGUUGCCCAGGUCUCUAUCUGCUGGGUCAUCAAAGAGCAAGAAAAUACAAGUGUGCCCAGUUCACAGAGGGGCUUGUUCUUCACAGAACACCUUCUGUUUGGUGGACGCAAAGGCAGUUGAGAGGCUGUUGGCUUGCUUGGAGCAUGAAAAUGCCGAGGUUAUUGAAGCUGCAUUGUCCGCUCUAUGCACAUUGUUGGAUGACAAAGUUGAUGUGGACAAGAGUGUGAGCCUGCUCAGUGGAGUGGAUUGCAUACAACAUGUGUUGAAUGUGGUGAAAGAGCACAGGGAAGAGGGUUUGAGGGAAAAAUCACUUUGGGUGAUAGAGAGAUUCCUGAUGAAAGGUGGCGAUAGGUCUGCUUCAUACAUAUCACAGGACAGGUCGUUGCCUGCUACAUUGGUAAGUGCUUUUCACCAUGGGGACGGUAGUACAAAGCAGAUGGCUGCGAAAAUUUUAAGACAUUUGAAUCAGAUGCCCAAAGUCACUACCAACUUUACUAUCUAGAAAUCAGAAUAAAUUUAUGUCAUGUCAUCCCCAACUGUAAUGCUGCUGGUGUGGGGAACUGAGUGGUCUAGUUCAGGUACACCAGCAUAAGCACUGCUUCAGACCUCUCAAUUCUCAUGUUCAGCGGUGAUCCGUAAAUGGAAAAAAAGCAAGGGAAGAAAACAAUAGAUUUACUUUUUAAGUAAUUCUAAGCAUCAUUACUUCUUUC